AUGGCUGUCUUCGAUGGUGUGCACUAUAUUCUUUCGUCUUCAAUACCGGCGGCACAGCGUAAGGAGCUUUCGGGCUUGCUGGACCUCAAUGGCGCAACGAGCGCACCACCACACACCCACCUUAUUGCCCUUGCUGGAUCGCACACUCAGCACGAACACGCGGGAUCUUUGCAUAUAGUAUCGGGAAUGUGGGUACAGCGGAGUAUAGUUCUUGGAAAACUUCAGCUGCGAUUGAUAGUCGUUGUCAGCGAGCAGUACUAUUCACCUGAUCCAACAAUGAUUUUUUCGGGCAUCGUUGCGUGUGCCACCGAUCUCUCCCCAUCGGACCUCGAAGUUCUCUCAGCAGGGAUCACCUCGUUAGGAGGCCAAUGGCGAACGGGCCUCACGCGGGAUGUAACACAUCUUUUCGCAUUACAUGAACAGAGUGACAAGUACCAAACUGCCAUGCAUUUUGCGCCACACACCCACAUGUCUGUCCUCACACCGCAUUGGUUCGAUGACUCAGUUCGCGUUGGGCGUCGUGUACCCGAAGGGCCUUACUUAUGGCCUGAUCCGAAGGUCUUGCAACCUGGCAUGCAGGUCGCAAUGGACGAGGAUGAUGUAGAAAUUGGAGAAAGUGGGAAAAAAAAGAGAAAAAAGAGUAGUGAGACAAGACUGAGCAGCCCUAUGGCCAUGGAUGAAGCAGAGCGCAGAGAAGGAGUCAAUGUGUGGGCAGGAAGGAGAUUGUUAUUGUCUCGCUCGUUGGAAUUGGGACAAGGACAUCGUGAAGCUGUGGAGGCGAAUAUACAGAGAGCGGGUGGAACUGUUGUCAAGGUCAAAGGUACCAGCACAGACGAGGAGGCACAAGAGAACGAGGAAGCAACACUUGUGGAUGAAUGUGAUGUUUUCGUCACGCGGUACCGCUCCGGGAAGGCAUACUUCAAGGCAGCUCGUUCACCUCGUCCGAUUUUGAUCGGAAAUUUGACUUGGAUGUUUCACGUCGAUGCAUCUGGCAUGUUGAAUGAUCCGCAUGAGAGUUUGCUGUGGUACCCAGUUCCAAGAGGAGGUAUUCCUGGUCUCAACGAAUGCGAAAUCACCGUCACUAACUAUACUGGCGCCGCGCGAGAUUAUCUGAAGAAACUUAUUCAAGUCAUGGGCGCAAGGUUCACGCCAAGUAUGAGCCAAAGCAACAAGGUUCUGGUUGCUGGCUAUUCUCCUUCGCCUAAAACACAGCGCGCAGUUGCAUGGUCGAUACCAAUAGUCAAUCAUACUUGGCUCGAGGAUUGUUUCAUCGCAUGGAAGAAUCUUACUGUUGGAGUUGAUAAAUACAUUCUCUAUCCCCCCGGCGUCGAUUUUGGGAAGAUGCUCAUGACCCCAAUUGGCGGCCGGGGAGUCGGUCCCAUUGAUAUUGACUCUGAGGAACAGAGGGAUGCAGAGUACCCGUCAAAGCCAAAGCGUAAUGCUCUCACUGCUUCCCAAGCUACAGAUAUGAGCGCGAGAGACGUUAGAAACGAUAAUGGCGACCUCAGCUUUGACGGUGCUGGCGACAUAGCGGCUAGCGUAGUCAUAGAUGUCGACGAUGAACAUGUUUCCCCUUCAAAGGCGCUGAGACAGCAGAGGUCGAAGCCAAAGCCGAAAUCCUCGGAGAAUAAGAAAUCGUCAUCUCAGCAAGUAACUCUCGAUGGUAUGACAAAUAUUGAUGAUGGUAACUCAAGACCUACGAAACCGGGACCACGCAAACGUUCGAGGACCACACGAGAAAACACCGCAUCUGAUGAUGUUGAGGUGUACGAAGGGGGAGUGACAGAUGGUGUAAAGAAUUCCAGGGAGAUCGACGAGGAGAGCUCUGCGGAUGACGCAGCUCUCACUAAGGCUGAGACCAAAGCCGUUGGGAAGUCUAGCAAACUGCCCACAUCAAAGGAGAAGACCAAACCUCACAAAGCUGUACAGACAGGAAUGAAACCAAAGCCUAAGCCGAAGGAAACUCCUCAACGCGCCUCAUCCUUGUCUGAUGACGAUGAAAUUUUUGUGCGGCCUGUGAAGCAUCAGUCUGCUGCAUCCAGUGCCAAAGUAAGAACCAAAGAGCCGGAGAAAGAGCCGCCGACUACGCCCUCAAAAGCCGCCAAGGAGAAACAGAACGGUCGCGCUCGAUCUCCAAGUCUGUCUACUACCCGCUCACCCUCGCCUCCUGUAAAAAUCCUCAGGACGCCGAAACGUACAGUAUCCGUGCUUGUUCCAUCUCUACCGAAAGAUUACUUGUCUCCAAGCUCGCGCAAGGACACCUCCACGAACAAGGAAGGAAGGUCCGAACUUACUAGAACGAAUUCCAUUCAUGCGUCUGCUGCCGAGGCAUCAACAAGUGGAUCCAAACGUGGACGCCCUUCUCUAUCGAAACCUUCAACCUCAACACCUCCUAUGAAGAACAAGUCGAAAUCCAAAGCGCGGAAUCAGUCAGAAUCAGAACACGAGGAUGAGGUUUCUGUGGUUUUGGAUACUUAUUCCUCACGCGGAUUACCAAAGCGCAGUGCUGCCAACAAAGCGACAAGCAAACUGAGAGAUGAAAUUAUGCCCGACGUGGUUAGUUUCGAGAAGGAGCGCAAGAACGCCAAGCGAAGGCAUAGCUCCGGUCUCAAUGACUCUUUCAUUUCCCUGCGUGACAAAGAGGAAGUCGAGGAGGAACGAGACAUGAAGAAGCGUAAAGUGGAGAAGGCUCGCGCAGAGGACACGGACAAUGAAGUAGAGGUUGGGGACAUCAUUUCUUCAUCUAGUCCUCAAACGAAGUCGAUGUCGAAGACGGGCAAGGGUACAAAGCGAAGAGCGGAAGACGGGAUGAGUGUUGACGAAGACGAGCCGUCCAAGAAAAAGGGAGGCAAGGCGACUCAGAAUAAAAAGGGAUCGCAUGUCCCCGAUGCUGCCACCAAUCACCUUUCUGGACCCUCUCGGGAAUCUGGAGCAGUGAGGGUGAUGACAACAGGUAUUCAGCUGACCGAUGACACUAUCAAGAGGUUGAAUAAAUUAGGGGCAAAGAUGACAACCAAACCCAACGACUGCACGCACCUUAUCGCAAAGGGAAUUGUCCGUACGGAGAAGUUCUUGUGCGCCAUCGCAAGCUCCCCGUUCGUGUUAACAGAAGGAUGGGUCAAUUCGAGCGUGCGAAGUGGCAAACUUUUGCCGGAAACGGACUUUUUGAUAUCUGACCCCGAAUCGGAACGGAAAUGGAAUUUUAAGCUCUCCGCUUCUCUCGAGCGCGCUAAACGUGAAGACGGAGGGGAGGGCUUGCUGAAAGGGAUGACAUUUUAUGUGACCCCUAAAGUCGAGAUUGACUUGAAGUUGCUCAAAGCUGUCAUAGCAUCUGCCGGUGGCCAGGUUCAGACGUCCAAGCCAACGACUCGAAUACUCAAGGCGAACAGAAACCGUCACGUUAUCUCUUGUCCAGCAGACCAAUCGAUCUGGAGACCAUUGGUCGAGGAAGGAUAUACUAUAUAUUCCACGGAGCUCAUCCUUCUAGCCGUACUUACUCAGGAGAUACGGUGGAAGGAUGACAACUGCAUCAGUUCCAAGCCUUCUUUGUAA